GUCAGAGGGAGGGUAUCCCUGGCCGCGCUGGGCCACUGGAUACAAGUGAGAGUAACAAGCGGGGGGAGUCCCUGCCUCAACACCCCAUGACAGCUCGCAGUUGCAAACUGCACUACUCUAGUCCAACAUAUAUUGUUUCCCCCCCUCUUCCUCCUGUAUAUGGCGAGAAACGAGCUGGACAUACUCCACUCCAAGCGGCACGACAAGCUCGAUUUCUUCCUAAAAAGGCACUUGGACGAGAGCGUCUUCAACAAGAUCCGAAUGUACGAAGCGUGCAUUGUAGUGACGGGGAGAAGGCACAAGAAGACGUUCGACUUCGUCGUCCUCACCGACGAGUGUAUCUACUUGACUCAGAACCCACCCAAGACCAUCCACGAGGCGUUGCAUCUCAGCGAUGUUGUUGCAAUCGAGUUGGUUGACGACUACCCUGACUUUCUGAGCGGCCACGACCGUGAAUCAGCACAACACGUCCGUAUCGUUUAUGUCUCACGGACACACAAGAAACGACACAAACCACACGCGGGCAGCAAUAAAUAUAUUGCCACUCAUGACGGGGACAGGAGGAAAUUCAGCACCCUCGGCCGCGAGGAAGCUAGCACAAACCAGGAAGCCAUCAGCAGGCCAGAAACACACAAGCUCAUACAGAACAAGCAUCCCAGGGAAUUCUCUCUCAGGAAGAGCGGGGAUUUUGCCAGGCAACGUGACCCUGGACCGACCCGUGCCGACUCCUGCCCGACCCCCGAGCUGAAGAAUCUGAAGCUGUGCGAGAAAGACAACCAUGUUGCCUGGAGCACAAAUGCCCGCCCGCUGCCUGAGCCUCCAAAGGAAAGUCCAGGCCCUACCUUGGCAUCGAGAGUGCCAACGUACAAGCAAGAACCAGUGCAACAGCACCCGCUCAAUCCUUACCCGUGCCACAGGAACACCAGGGAGCAGCGCUCAGAUAGAUGGGACUCCAGCACGGAGGUAGACAAGAGGACAAGCAGCCAGCUGAAGGGACAGGAACUGGAACUUCACCUCUACAUCAUCUCCAUGUCCUCCUUAAUAUUUCUCCAUUUAAAAAGUGCGUGGAACAAUUUUAUGAUUCGGUCGACACUAAGGCAGGAUCCAGACUACGCACAGGAAAGUGCACCCACAUCCCCUGCUCGGGGUGCCAAGGGACACAGUUCAGAGGGAAUCAAUAAACUCUUCAAUCAACUGAGCUCUGAAUUGCUUCAUGGAAGCAGUGCGUUGGACAGGACCUGUUCACUGGUGAAGGAGCUGAAAACUGCUGCACUUCGCAACUUCACCAUCAAAAAGCUCUUCUGGAAAUCGAACGACCUGUAUCCGUUUCUGAUUGGAAAACUUCAGGAGCACUUGCCGAGAUUGGAGGAUCCAACAACCCAACGAGACAGGAGGAAAACCAUCAAUGAUCUACAAUUGUGUAGGUUGAUCGUGGAGACGUUGGGCGUGAUGUUCAGGGAGACUGAAACGGAGCCAAGUCGCCUGCCCCUUCUCGCUGCCAAGCGGGGCAUCUUGGUCGUCAGCCUACUGAAGAUUUUAAUAAGUGGGCCGCAUGUACUGAAGACACCUUGUACGGCUGGUGACGGGGUGUCGGUGGAGCGUGUGGUCCCAGCUGUUCCUCCCAGCGAGGAGCUACAGAACCUGUUACUGGAGUACAGUGAUGCUGUGAUAUCAGCUCUGUAUGAAAUAUUCCUCAUAACGCAUCAGGGAAACUGGGGCUCGGGCUCACGGAACCUGAUGACUGUCGGAUGGUUGAUGAUGGCUUUGCAGAAACUUCCAGCCAUGUUCCUGUUCAUCGACCACAUGGUGAAACACAUCAUUAAGACAGUCCUGCCUCCCAUUCAUCUCAUGAGCCCCACAGAGGCGUUGCGUCUUUUCCAACAACUCUACAUCCUCAACACCUGCAUUCAGUAUGGCAGUGGUCUGGCAGAGCACAUCAGGAAUAAAUACAGCGAGGAGUUCAGGUAUUACAUCCAGAUUGCCACGGUGGAAGCAAUGCUCCCGGCCCAUUACGCUGUCACCCAACCUGCAAUGAGGCUGCUCCUUCAAGUGCUCAGUUGCAUCCUCCAGAAGCCGGUGUGACCACCCUUGUAUCCAGGAGGGUGAGACUGACGAUGAUCACGGGUACCAGGAGCUAACGAAGCAGCCUUCAGUGUCACAGCAGCUUUAUUCAGAUACAUACCUACCUGCUGUAGAUCGCUACUUAAUUUUCUUUGAUUUAAAAUGACAUACCAAUAAGACUUUGAAAUCCCAUCUGUUCACAGGAGGGCUUCAGUAAAUAUUGAAUUAGAUAAAAAAUAGUUAAAGUUAAAAAAUAACAGCGCUGUUAUUUUCUUGUUUAAGAAGGAACGGCAGAUGCUGAAAAAUCGAAGGUAGACAGAAAUGCUGGAGAAACUCAGCGGGUGAGGCAGACUGAACUGUCUGAAGAAGGGUUUCGGCCCAAAACGUUGCCUAUUUCCUUCGCUCCAUCGAUGCUGCCUCACCCGCAGUGUUUCUCCAGUGCUGUUAUUUUCUUGAUAGGAGAGUGUUACAAGAAUCCAACCACCUCAAAGUCAGGAUUUCAAAUAACACUUAUUUGAAACACUUGUGAAAUGUUCCAGAGUUUUGAUGUUUUAGCUGUGAUUGUGCGGGAGAUAAAAGAGGAAGGAGGAGUUGCAUUACUAAUCAGGAUGGAUGUCACUGUUACAUUCAAAGAGAGUUCAGCCAGUGAGAAAUGUGGGUAGAGCUCAGAAAUAAGAAAGCCUCAAUCCUUCUGCAGGGAUUAUACUUUGGGCCUCCCAAUAGCCCGUGGGAGAUAGAGGAACUGAUAUGUAGACCGAUCAUGGAAAGAUGUAAAAGGAACAGAUUUACAAAAUUAUGGGAGGAAUAGAUCAAGUAGACGCACAGAAGCCCAAAAUAGGGGAAUCGAGACCCAGAGGACAUAGGUUUAAGGUGUGGGAUAAAGAUUUAGUAAAAACCUGAGGGGUUACUUUUUCACAGAAAGGGUAGUGGGUGUAUGGAACAAGCUGCCGGAGGAGGCAUGUACUAUUGCAAAGCAUAAGAAACAUUUAGAUAGGUGCAUGGAUAGGACAAGUUAAGAGGAUAUGGGGCUAACGCAGACAGGUGGGACAAGUGUAGACAGGACAUGUUUGUCGGUGUGAACAAAUUGGGUUGAAGGGCCCGUUUCCACGCUAUGACUGCACAACAGGGUUGUAGUGGGUGACAGGAAAUAGUUUGGAAAUGCUAAGAGAUUAAAUUUGUUGGUGUUCAGUGGGUCCCGACUGUCCGACUGAAUGAAUCACUGAAGCAAAAUCGGCGUGCACUUUGGAAAGCAAAUAGUAUGUUGGCCAUUGUUACAGGGGGAUAUGAGUGCAGGUAGGGGACAUCUGACUCUAAUUGAAGAGGCUUGGUGACACUAUAUCUGGAAUACAUGUUUGGUCUCCCGAUAAGGAAGGAUAUAACUGCCAGAAAGGACAGCAAUAAAGAUUCACCAGAUUGAUUCCGAGGACAAUUGUUUUGAUAUAUGAGGGGAAAUUAAGCAGAUUACACCUGUACAUUCCAAAUGCGGCCAAAACAAAGUCCUAUCAGUCCCGACCCGAAACGUCACCUCACCACGUUCUCCAGAGAUGCUGCCUGACCUGCUGAGUUACUCCAGCACUUUGUUUCUUCUUUUACACCUGUACAUGCCUAUGUAUAGAAGAAUCAGAGGUGAUCUCAUUGGGUAAUACAAAAUUCUUGCAGAGUUUGAUCGGGCCGAUGCAGAGUUGAUGUUUCCCCUGGCUGGGGUCUCAGCAGUUCAGUCUCUAGAUAGAUUUUGGCCCUUCAGGUCAGAGAUGAUAAGAAAUAUGCAAGCCGGUAUAUCUCACUGCCACAGCGGGAGAAGCGAGAGGGACAAAAUAUACAAGGUUUACAAAGAUGUGACUGGGGCAUUUCUCAGAUUUUAAAUCUUUGCAAUAUUUGUAAAGCUAUUGGUUUACAUGUGGUUAGUUACAUGUGGUUGUGUAAGAGUAUAACUUUUAUUCUAGUGAAACUUUAGUAAGAAGUUAUUUUGCUACAUUUAAUGCCAUGGUUAAGAAUGCUGUAACAAUUUAUGUUCAACCUUAUGAUGGUUAUUUUUUUCUACAUGACAACUAUUCUGAAUGAUUCAAUGUCAUGAUAUAUUAUAUAACAUAUCUUUAAAAUGAAUGAAACAAUAUAAGUAACAGGAGUUUAAUCCAAAAUGACCGAAUUUCCAGAUAAUUUGAAUUAGGCUAUCACAAGAAAUGGAAAGAAUGGAAGCCAAUUAGACCCUUAAGCCUGUUUCAUGGUUUAACAAGAUCAUAGCUAAUCCUCUCAACACAAUUUCCUGUCUGAUUCCAUAUCCUUGAAUCCCCUGAAAUCUAAAAAUCAAUUACAUGGAACAGUACAUCACAGGCCCUUUGGCCCACAAUGUCUGUGCUGAACAUGAUGCCAAGAUAUAGGGCGGCACAGUGGUAGAGUUGCUGCCUUAUAGCGCAAGAGACGCAAGUUCGAUCCUGACUACGGAUGCUAUUUGUACGGAGCUUGUUUUCCCAGGUGCUCCGGUUUCCUCCCGCACUUCAAACACAGGUUAGUAGAUUACUUGGCUUCGGUAAAAUUGUAAAUUGUCCCUAGUGUGUAGGAUAGUGCUAGUGAAUGGGGUGAUCGCUGGUCAGUGCAGGCUUGGUGGACCGAAGGACCUGUUUCCGCGCUGUAUCACUUGUCUAAUCUGUGGAAUUCUCAGCCACAAAAGGCAGUGGAGGCCAAUUCACUGAAUGUUUUCAAAAGAGUUAGAUUUAGCUCUUAGGGUUAAAAGAAUUAAGGAAUAUGGCGAAAAAAGCUGGAACGAGGUAUUGAUUUUGGAUGAUCAGCCACGAUCAUAUUGAAUGGCGGUGCUGGCUCGAAGGGCAUAAUGGCCUACUCCUGCACUUAUUUUCUAUGUUUCUAUUAAUGUUAUAUAGUUUAGUUUAGUGAUACAGCGUGGAAACAGGCCCUUGGGCCUCCAAGACCACGCCGAUCAUUGAUCACCCUUUCACACCAGUUCUAUCUCAUCCCACUCUCUCAUCUCCUACACUUGGGGCAAUUUACAGGGGCCAACAAAAGUAAAAACUCAGAUACAUGAGGUGUGGGAGGAAAUCAGAGCACCCGGAGGAAACCCAUGAGGUCAUAGGGAGAAUCAGGGUAUCCAGGGAAGAUGGUCAGAACCUGUUUCCCAGAGUGGAAAUGCCCAAUACUGCAAAGCAUUGUUAUAAGGUGAGUGGGGGAAAGUUUAAUGGAGAUAUGUGAGGCAAGGUUUUUACACAGAGAAUGGUGGGGGCCUGAAAUGCACUGCAGUGGAAACAAUAGUGUCGUUUAAGAGGCUUUACUAUAGGCACACGGAAGCGCAGGGAAUAGAGGGAUAUGGAUCAUGUACAGGCAGAUGAGAUCAGUUCAGCAUCAUGUUCAGCACUUACAUUGUGGGCCGAAGGGCCUGUUCUUGUGCUGUACUGUUCUAAGUUCAACUUCUCCUUUUAGCUAACAUCUCCUUCGCUUUGAAUAUACUCAACAUUUGAAUAUUCAAAGUCCUCGAUGGGCAGAGUUUAAAAAAAUUCACAAACAUAUAGAGAAUUGUCUUCAUUUCUAUCCUAAAUGGCUAUUAUUCUGAUACCCACGUUUCCCAAAAGUGACUUGAAAUUAAGAAACAGGCAAAAUGUGCAGGAAAGAAUUGUAGAUACUGGUGGAUACCGACGAUAGACAGAAAAUGCUGGAGUAACUCAGUGGGUCAGGCAGCAUCUCUGGAGGAAAGGAUGCAGGUCUGAAGUAGGGUUCUGACCCAAAAUCUUAUUUAUUCCUUUUCUCCAGAGAUGACCCGAUCGGUUACUCCAGCAUUUUGGGUCCAUCUUUGGAAUUAGGGAGAUCAGACUGUGUAUAAAAAUGAAGGGCUUGAAUCUGUUCAAAUUUAAAGUUUAAUACUGUUUACUGCUUUGGAAGGAGAUAUUGUAUUUUGGGUAAUUCGGAAACCUCUUCUCUGUUGUACAGUAUGUUUCUUAAAAUUAAUCUGUUUAGAUGAAUAAACUAUGAUCAUGUUGAAACUCUGCUUAUGCAGUGCAAUUGGUGCUGUUUAAUAAAAGCUGACGAUUUGUGACAUUUUGUAGUCUACUUUAUCAUAUUUUUGAUGGUGACUUUCACAUAACAAAAUACUGCAUCUGAAGGCCCUUCACUAUAGUGUUAUCAAGCAAAACUAUUGCAUGCAAGAUAUUAGGG